AUGUCUACAGCCAGCAGCACUGCGCUCGGACAAUACCAGCACAGCUACGCCAACAGUGCCUCGACAUCAACCACUCCCGCCCAACCUCGACCGACGUCACAGUCUUCGUCUCACUCGGCCCCGUCCUUCUCAAACGCUGCCCGGCCAAGUCAAUAUGCGACUCCCCAGUCUAUCCCUCGCAAGCGUCCCUUCUAUGAAACCCGGCCGCCUCCCCACUACCACCAGAGAUCAGUGUCAUCGGGAUCGUCAUCCAAAAACCCCGUACAGUCGUCCGGCCUAGCUGAAGUCGUUGCGAUUGCCAGAACCGCUGUCGCUACGUCCGAAUCACGGUCACGCCAAGCGCCUGGGCCCAGGAUUGCUACUUCGAGUCCGGCCACGAUCUCAGUCCCGAAGCCAGGAGACAGAGCCUCUCCCACGAGCGAGCCGAAGUCGGUAGCACAGGUGGCAGUAAGACAAAGAGAAGAAAGUGCAGGGAGGAGGGCAGCAACACACUCAGAAGAACCACCUCUCAAGCUGGGUGAAGCGCCGUCGAUGACCCUCCAUCCAAAUCUGAUAGCCCAAAUGGUUGCGCGGAAAAGAGCAGAGGCCGAAAUGCUGGGCCAUCGAGAACGGUGGGCUCGCAGACAGCAGGAGUAUCGCAUGUCCCGGUCUCCCGGAGCACAAUUGACUCAUGAACUCAAUGCCCGAGUCAGCCACAGCGAUGCUAGAGGACCCCAACCGAGAACGGUGUCUAAUCCUCUGCCAGCUCGAUCGGCUCCAGUAAUCCUGGACUUACAAGCUCCAACUCCAAUUGUUUUCAAUACUCAACCUCCGAUUAUCCAGAAUCCGACAGCCGAAACCGUGUGUACGCCUGCUACAGACAACUCGACCAAACCAGCGGCAGCGAAAAACGAGCGCCAACAUUCGAAUGACAACGACUCACUCUUCGGAUCUCCUUUCUCGACUCCAAUCGUAGAGUUUCUCGAGAAUGCCACCGACGAGGCUGGAUUAAAAGACGCACUAGAACCAAACAAGGUUGUUCCUACUAGGACGUCCGCUGGGAACACGGCAGUGUCCACGCCUCAACCCAGUGAUCCCACCGUACCCAGCACUUCAAGCGCGGCAGAAGCGACAAGCAGAAGUCAGGCUCGAUCAGAGAUACCGCCGCUAUUCUCAGACAAGACCCCCACUACUCACCACCAAACUUCUUCCUCCAGCGAGACGCCAACGCAUGCCCAAACCACAGCAAACCACCAACAGCCUCAAUCCGAGUCACCCACGGGCGCCGUAGCAGACCAUGCUCCAGCUCACCCGGAACAACCAGGACCGUGGCCACAGCUGGCUCCUCGUCAACCCCCAACGUCCAGAGCUAUACCUUAUUAUCCCCAGCAAGCAGGCAUGCCAGCUUACUACAGGGUUGCAAACAAUCAGCAUUGGCUGGGCGAUGGAAGAAAUCUUGCUGCAACUCCCACAGUUACUCCUCCGACAGCGAACGCGUACAGGCAGGCGGCUCCUCCACCGAAUAUGGGUUUUACUGGCUACAACCUGAAUCCUAUCAAUCCAUACAUGAUGCCAAGUCCUGGACUUCCACCGCCUCCGGGACCGCUACGGACCUAUGGAACCACCGUUGCCGCAGCGGCUGCGGAGCGACAGAAGCAGCAGGCAUUUAACGCCGGUUACUUGACCGCUGCAGAUCACGCUGCGGGCAUCAACCUGAAAUUCCACAAUACAACAAAGAGCGGUUUCAGUGUCCCAAAACGGUGA